GUUCGGUAACAUUACGGCAUUGAGGGCUCAGGACGCUAUAAGUCAUCCAUAUCGGAGUCUUUUUGUGAACUUCCUUUUCUACCGUCUAUCUCGUGCUCCUGAUAGAUCUUUUUUUCUGGUCGUGCAUUGCAUAUACCUAUCAAAAAAUGUCCACAGAAGCCGCCACCAACCCCAGCCCGCGGAGCGAGAAGUCAGUUUCUGUGCAGCAUCCUCUAUCGGCCUUAUCGGCAUCAGAACUUCGGAAUGCCGCGGCAAUCAUUAAAGCUUCAUGGCCUGCACACACAGAUUUGCACUUCAAAGUCGUUACGCUGCAGGAACCACCAAAGGCUGAAGUACUAAAGUACUUGGAGGCUGAGCAUAGCGGCAAGCCAGUUCCAUCUAUCUCAAGGAAAGCCUUUGUUAACUACUACAUUCGGAAUACUAGCAAGUUUCACGAGGCCGUUGUAGACUUGACCUCAGGGCGUGUCGACUCCAAUAUCUUGCUAGGGCCGUUCGUCCACGCCAAUGGAGAUGGCGACGAGAUUGUCGAGAUCGAAAAACUCGUUCUGGCAGAUGAGAAGGUGCAAGCCGAAAUAGCCAAGCUCGAGUUGCCCAAAGGCACAGUAGUGAUUAGCGAUCCCUGGAUCUACGGUUCUGAUGGUGUCGGAGACGAAGACCGACUGUACCAAUGCUUCCUCUACUUGAGGGAUCCUAUGAACUCAUCAGAGGCCGACUCCAACCACUACGCAAUGCCCCUUCCAAUCUCACCUGUUGUGAGCACAGAAAGUAUGCGUGUCAUCCGGGUUGAUUUGCUACCAACUGGAGCAGACAACACAAUCAAACCAGUUGAGAAGUACAAGAUACAACCGCCCAACGAGUAUAUACCCGAGGCCCAGACGCUGCGAACCGAUCUCAAGCCGCUUAAUGUCGUUCAACCCGAGGGUGCGAGCUUCCAGGUCGAACAGCAAGGCACAUCGAGCGUCAUUUCAUGGCAAAAAUGGAACUUUCGAGUUGGCUUCAACCAGCGCGAAGGCAUGGUGCUGUACGACGUCCGUUACGAUAACCGUAGUUUGUUUUACCGAUUGAGCUUGAGCGACAUGAACAUUCCAUAUGCGGACCCGAGGCACCCCUUUCAUAAAAAGAGUGCGUUUGAUUUGGGCGAUGUUGGUGCCGGCAUCAUGGCGAACAACCUCAAGCUGGGCUGCGACUGUCUGGGCUCCAUCUACUAUCUAAGCGCAGUGUUGGCCGAUAAUAAGGGUGAUGUUGUUGAAAUGCCCAAUGUUGUCUGUGUUCACGAGCAAGACGCCGGAAUCGGUUUCAAGCACACCAAUUAUCGCACAGGCCGUGCCGUCGUUGCCCGAAAUCGCGAGUUGGUACUACAGAGUAUCAUCACCGUAAGCAACUACGAGUACAUCCUGGCCUUCAUUUUCAACCAGGCCGGAGAAAUCGACUAUGAGAUCAGAGCCACUGGCAUUCUGAGCACCCAACCUAUCGACGAGGGUGUAGAAGUGCCCUUUGGUACAGUUGUGCAUCCAGGUGUGUUGGCUGUCCACCACCAGCACAUAUUCUCGUUGCGUGUUGAUCCCAUGCUCGACGGCUACGACAAUCGUCUGGUAUACGACGAAGCGUUUGCGAUGCCGCGUUCAGACUUCAACCCCCAUGGUACUGGCUACUACGUCCAGGAGACCGUCGUGGAGAAGUCUGGCGGUUAUGACAUUGCGUACGAGAACAACCGUACCUUCAAGAUUCAGAAUCCCAACGUGCGAAAUCCUAUUAAUGGAAAGCCAGUCGCAUACAAGAUACAAGCGCCACCAUUCCAGAAGAUCCUAUCAGACAAGGACUCAUUCAACUACAAGCGCGCCGAGUUCUCAGACCACAACAUCUAUGUCGUCAAGCACAAAGAUGGUGAGCUGUAUGCGGGUGGGCUGUACACCAAUCAAUCUCGAGGCGGAUCUGGUGUACGUUCAUGGGCGGAGAGGAACGAGAACGUCAAGGACACCGACUUUGUGGUCUACAUCCAAGCAGGAAUCAACCACGUUCCUAGGAUCGAGGAUUUUCCUGUGAUGCCGUGUGAGAUUAUCAAGAUUCACAUGAAGCCGGUCAACUUUUUCGACAAGAACCCUGCGUUGGAUGUACCGCCAAGCGAGCAGGCGUUUAACAAGAGUAGCUUGCUGAGUGAGCAGCACCAGCAACCUAGUGUGACUGCGACGAUUGGUGAGGAUGGUCAAUGUUGUGCGCCGACGACAGCGAAGCUGUAGGACUGUUUUUAUACAAUAUCUUGAAUUGUAGGGUGCAAUUUUCGUGAGAACAAUCUUUUUCAUGCUUAGGUGU